AUGGUGUUAUACAAAAGAAAGCAGGUCACAUUCGUCCGACCCCCCUCCAUUCCUGACGAUCUCAAUACAGAAAUCUAUAUCAUUCCACAGACAAAAGAAUGGUUUAUGGAAUACGAAGACUACCUCACUCGCAUGGACUACUACUAUCGACGUAAGUUUGUGUGUGAAAUUACGGGCAACUCGUGCUUGACCUUUUUUGAAGCAUACAACUCCGAGAAUAAAGAGAUCAAGGAUGUAGAGAAGAACUUCCCUGAAGCUCUACGUGAGCACAUCCUCCGAUUUCUCCAGUUCAACAGAAUCACAAGAUUGGACCAAUUGGUAGAUAAGGUCUACCUGGUUUUCAAGAAUGAUUACUUCCCUGGUGAGGUUGUUUUCGUCAAGAAAGCUGUGUUUGCAAGUACAACAAAUCUGCUUGGCCAGGAACCUGACGGCGCUCCAAGCUAUGUGUCCACACUCAAGCAGAAAGGCAUCAUCAGGGAGAAAGUACAGUAUAGCAACUCUGCAGAUACGAAGUAUCUUGUGUCCACCGUAGCUGAAGGCAAGCAGAUCAUUGCCACCAACCAGCAGAUUUCCAGAGACAGAAACCACUUCACUAAGUGGUUGAUCAAGACUUUUGUGAAGCUCACCGUUACCAGAUCCCACAAGGUGGGUGCGCCAUGGGUGGUCAAGGAAAAGUAUGCCAAGAAGUACCGUAUUCCACAAACUUACCCUGAGGCCGUUAAGCAUUUUGAAUCUUCUACGCCAAGUGGUGAAAUCUUAUAUGAGGACGAUCCAGCCCUGCAAUCGACUCCAGAUCCAGGGUCUGAGACUCCUGAACCUUCAAAGGGCAAGAAGCAGCGUGGACCAUCACUCAAGAAGAAAGCUGCCCUAAAGGCUGCUGCUGCUGCCGCCGCUGCAGGCAGCAUCGAGGCUAUUAUCGAUGAUGAUGGACAGGCAAAGGGAUCCAAGAAUGAUCCUCGCUUUGCGCUCCAUCACUUACCAGAGGCCGUUCUGAAAGAGCUUGAGGCUAAUGAUCAGGCUACACUCUCGUCCUUCCAGCCCUCUAAGAAAACAAUCGUUGAUGACUUGAAAUUGAACUUCGAUCUUCAAAACUCAAAGCCAACACCCAAGGAGCUUGAGUUGCCAGAAAAUGCAAAGGAACUUAACUCAUCAAGUAUAGAGGCCCUUGAAAGAGAAAUUGAUGAUGACGAGGCCGAGUUGCAAAACACAGACUCUGAAGCAGAAAAGAAGUCCAAGUUGGAAGCCGAGAUUUCUUCCAUUAAGACCAAUAUCGACACUUUGAAGAGCGACAAACUUAAUUCGGUGCAAGAGGCACUUGAAUGCUGGGCAUUUUUUAAUAUUUACCAUUCGGUCUUGAAAUUAGACACAUUCACGUUCGACGAUUUCAUCAUUGCAAUGAGUUGGAAUGCCGAACAGUACAAUAAGUUGGGUCGUUGUGAACUCCUAGAUGAAAUAUGGUGUGCUGCAUUGAGUGGGUUAGUUUCCAAUGAAUUGCCAGGCAAGAAGUAUGACCCGGAAACCGAUGAAGUGUUUGGCUUGAGAGUCAACCUACCUCAUGAAGUGUCUCUAAUAACUGAUCAACAGAAGGGCCAAGAUGAUGAUAUGAAUGAUGAAAGAGGAUCUGAUAGUGAGAAUGAAAACAAGACUUUGAAGAGUGAAGAUGAAGCUUCAGAUAACGAGUCCAUGACAGGGACCCCUUCACCCAAGAAGAAUGGAGUCAAGGUCAAGCGUGAAUCAGGGUCCGCGGAUGAGAAUGAUGAUUCCAAAGAAGACGUUGACAUGAGUGAAGGUGAGGUCGAGGAAGAGAAGGACGUAGAGCACCAUGCCCAUUCUGUGAUCAAUUACAGAGGCGUUAAAUGGGAUGACAAACUUCGCAAAAGGAACUUUAAGGAUGGUAACUGGCAAGUUAUCUUAUUGGGCGCUCUUUCAAUGGUCGAAUAUGUGACCGAGUUCAAGCCAAUCAUUGAUCGCGUUUACAAAACUCUUGCUCCAAAACUGAUCUCGCCUGCAACUCCAUCCACUGUGCUCACAGAGUUCUAUGACAGUAUGGGUAUCGACUUGAGAUUAAGCGCCCUUCACAUUUUAACUUCUUUGUUAGUCAAUGGUAAACUCGUAAGAGAUUAUAUUGGCGAGUCACUUGAAGCAAGCACUACCAUGAGAAGAACAAGAUUAGAUACAAUCCGUGACUUGAAGAGUGCUGUCGACGCAGCAAACAAGAUUCAUACAUCAAUUCAUGAGGCCAUUCAGGAUUCUACUAGUGAUGGGUCCACUCAGAAGAAGCGCACCAGAUUGAAUACAAAAGGGUACGAGAUGAACGAAAAUGAGAAAGCCCUCGCUGAGAAAGAUCCAGAAUUUCAAAAUUUAUGGGCCGAAAGAGAUGAAGCGAUCGAGAAGGUCAAGGAGUUACGGGAAGCCAAAAAAUCGGUUGAAACUAAGUUAACCGAGAUGGAUUGUCAGCGUGUUAGACUUUUAGGUAAGGACAGAUUUUACAACAGGUAUUGGUGGUUUGAGAACAAUGGUCUCCCCAACCUUCAUUUUGUUCGUGAAGAAGAAGACGAUGAAGAGGCAGAUACUGAAGCCAAUGAUCUUGAAGACGAGAAGGAAGAGGUCCAGGACGAAACAUACCUUAUGGGUAAACUCUGGGUUCAGGGACCAACUGGUAUGGAUGUCCUGGUGAACCUCAAACUUGACGAGGAAAGAUCGAAGCAAAUAAUUUCAGACUUGAAGUCCGGUCCUUUGGAAAUUAAGACUGAGGAAGCUCCUGAGGAGCCUUCUGAAGAACAAGAGGCUGGUGAUGGAGGAGCAAAUAACAAGACAAUGGAUUUCCGGACCUUGCCAAAGGCUUUUGUUGCUGAAGCCCAGAAGUACGAUGUUCAAUUCGGCGCUGACACAAUCACCAUUAAUAAUUCAGUUGAGAUUAUCGACAACUUAGGCGGUAUUCCAAAGGACGUCGAAGUGAGCGAGUUGCUGGUUAUGCAAAGGAAAUUCAUCGAGGAAGCCCCUGAACCUCUUAUUUCUGGUUCGCAAUGGAGAUAUUUUGACCAAACCGAAGAUAUCGAAAGGCUUGUUAAAUGGUUAAAUCCAUGGGGAAAGAGAGAGUCUCAGUUGCGUAAAGAGAUGAUCAGAGUCAAAGAGGCCAUGAUCACCAGCAUUGCAGCAAGAAGAAAGGCACUUUGGCUCGAUAAGUUACCAAAGGUUGAAACCGAUAUCGAGACACACAUUGAUGCGGUCAACUCCAAAAUUGAGGAGCUCAAAUCUAACAACACAAUCUCCACUGAAGGUGAAGAAAGUGACGAUGAUGUGACACUGAGAAAGAGACCUCACAGACGCACUGCGAACAAUUCAAACAAAAGACAGAAGACGACGGAAGAGACCAUCAACACAGGAACGUUGGAAGACUUGGGGGUCCUUCAGAACCAAUUGAAGAAUGAUCUCAGCACCAAAAUCGCUGACAAUCAGAUCAACCGGGUCUUGGAGUGGGUUAACUCCACUGCCCAAGCUGAGUUCGACCGGUCCAUCUAUGACGGUGGGGACAAGAUCCGCACCAAGGGCCGCAAGCCUAAGAAGUAG